AUGGCUACAACCACGGUGACUGCAACGGAGACGCUGCCUGCGCCAGCUUUGACGAUCGAGGUCGCACGCAGGUCGGAAGAUGUCUCCGCACCUCCAUCGACCACGUUACAAGCUUUUGAUAACAUUAUAGACGAGUCGAUGUCCGCCAAUGCAGAGCCCGAGUACCCAACGGGAGCAAAGUUUUACAUCAUCGUACUGUCACUCUGCCUCAUUCUAGUACUGGAAGGCUUGGACGAAUCGAUAGUAUCUACGGCUGUUCCAGCAAUCACCGAUCACUUUCACACGGUCGCCGAUAUUGGCUGGUACUCCUCAGCAUACCGCCUCCCACUGUGUGCCUUCCAAUUCUUCUUCGGCAAGCUGUACAAGAUCUUCUCUGUCAAGCGUGUGAUGCUAGCUUCAGUAGGCAUCUUCCUGCUGGGAAGCCUACUGUGCGCCACGGCUGCAACGUCGAAGAUGUUUGUUCUCGGACGAGCUGUAGCAGGCCUGGGGUGCGCGGGUAUACUUGCUGGCUGCUACACGUUGCUGGUGCAGAUAUUGCCGCUACGCUUGCGGCCGUUGUACGCUGGUCUGUUUGGCGGCAUCGAGACAGUUGCUGUGGUCGUUGCCCCGGUACUUGGAGGUGUAUUAACGCAGAGUCUCUCGUGGAGAUGGUGCUUCUGGAUCUCCCUUCCUAUAGGCGCGCCGGUCGUCCUUACGAAAGCCAUAUUUGCUCAACUAGACCUCUUGGGCUCUGCACUCUUCGUGCCAGCCAUUACGAGUCUGUUCCUUGCCCUGUCAUGGGCAGGCACAAAGUACGCAUUUGACAGUCCUCUCGUGCUGUGUUUGUAUGCAGCAUUCGCUAUCCUUAUAGCCGGCUUCGUGUGGGACCAGUAUCGCAAGCAAGACGCGGCACUGCUUCCGCCCCGGAUAUUCCGGCGACGCAGCAUCAUUGCCGGCUUCAUCUUCUCCUUCUGUUGUAAUGGCAGUCUGAACAUAAUCAACUACUACAUGCCAACAUAUCUGCAGGAAGUGCGGGAGUACUCGCCAGCAACGAGCGGGUACCUGAUGGUGCUGAUUCUCGUCGGCUUCCUCGUCGGCAUGCUCGUGCACGGCGCGGGCACGACGCUGACAGGCUUCUAUACGCCCUUCAUGCUCGCGGGAUCCGUGCUCAUGCCACUGGCUGCGGGUCUGGUGACCACCUGGACGCUGGACUCCGGCCUAGCCAAGCUCAUCACCUACUCCAGCCUCGUAGGUUUCGCGACGGGCAUUGGGUUCCAGGGGCCCCAGAGCGCGGCACAGACGACGCUGUCGGAGCCAGACGGUCCGCUGGGGCUGAGCGUGAUUCUCUUCGCGCAGCACUUCGGGCCGGCGCUCUUCGUCUCGGUCGCCCAGACGAUCUUCACGAACCGCCUCGUCGUCAAUCUGCAUGCGGUUGCGCCGCAGCUGGACGCAAAGGCUAUCGAGCAGAUGGGGCUCGGGCAGCUCAAGGCUAGUAUCGGUCCGCAGAAGCUGCAGGACGUGCUGCGAGGCUUCGACAGGUCGCUCGUGCAGACGUGGUAUCUGCCGCUGGGGCUGGCGUGCGCGACGGCUGUUGGGUCCUUGAUGAUGGAGUGGCGGUCGGUGAAGGAGAAGCGGAGCUAG